UCUACCAUGUGCAUGGAAUGGACAGCAGGGGCUUUCUACAGACUUACUUUUCAGCUGACGGAGAAGCCAUGUUUGGAGAUGAAACUAUAAAUUUCCACUUGAAGAAGAUACACAACUUAUUGGCUGCAGGUAAUUUUAAAGGGAAAACUGCCUAUGACUUUAGUAUUGGUGCCAUUAUCCACCAGCUCUACACAGUCGCUGAUUUCUACCCAGAGAUAACUAUACUGAAACUGAACGAGACCUGCAUCAUGGAGCUGAAGAAGUGGCUGGACACGCGCACUGGAGCAUUCAACUGGGCUCAUGCACAUGAUUAUGUGAAAGGUCUUCAAGGCACCAGCCAUCAAGCUGAGAUUAAUAAAGAAGAAAAAUUAAAGAACUCCAUUAUGACGAUUAUGAAAUUCAACCUCCAGGCAAAGAAUCUCACCGACCCGGUGGUUCUGGACCAGGCCGACUGCAUUAUCACCGCAUGGCUACUGGAUGUGACCUGUCAAGACCAAAAUGAAUACAUCAAAAAUUUCCAAAAAAUAACAAAGCUCCUUAAACCAGGAGGGCUCCUAAUUUAUAUUGGGUGUUUAAAUGCUACAUAUUAUAAAGUCGGUAAAGAUAGACAUCACGUCUUCACCUAUGAUGAGAGCUUUCUAAGGAAGAAUCUCACCAAUGAGGGCUUUAAAAUUAAGACCUGUGAAGUGUUAGACAGGAAAGUACAAAGUGAUCUGACCGAUUACAAGCAGUUUGUAUUUGUCACCGCAGUCAAGGGGUCUGCUUGAAACAGUCAGUGAUCUAUAGAAAUGUUUCUAUAGAGCCACCAACAAGAAUAACACAGCUCAUUUAAUGCACUAAAAAUAUCUUUCUAUACAAUGAAAUGCUAUAGGAUUCUCUACCAGAAACAGUGUACCCCAUAUUCUUUGCAUAAAUACUAUAUUGAUUUUUUCUUUUG